AUGGAUUACCUACGCACUCUGGGAUCAGCAGCCGUCUCCUCCCUCGUCCAGAAAUCUGGUCUGAAUCUCCCCUUCUCUCUUGGAUCCAAGGUCGCGUACGAAGGCGUUUGGAAUCUAUAUGAAGGAACGAAACGCGAAGAUGGAAGUCAUGUGUCCGUAUUCGAAUUCGAUGCGACGACGGAGACCAGCAAAAAGAACUUCCUACCUUUGGCUAAGAAUGCUCUACGGAAACUACGCACCACACGCCACCCCGAUGUCCUCAAAUUCAUGGAUGUCGUAGAGACAGACACGACGAUACAUAUCAUGACCGAACGCGUUCGACCGUUGGGCCCGGCCCUGUUAAGCAGAUCAUCGAGCAGUCAGCAAGAACGUGAGGAUUGGUUACUGUGGGGGCUGCACAGGGUUUCGGUAGCUCUCGCAUUCGUCAAUGACUCGUGUGCCUCAACUCACGGGAACAUACGCAUCGGGUCGAUCUUCAUAACACCGUCGGGCGAGUGGAAACUUGGAGGUUUUGAAGUGCUGAGCAACCCGAAGGAUCCGGCUGCCGUUCUAUAUACGAUGGGUGGUUCGUUGCCAGAUUCAUCCUCAUUGUCCCCUCCCGAAGUCAAGAAAGGCGGUUGGUCGGUCUUAAAAGAACACGACGUCGCUGCAGCCGAUGCCUAUGCGCUGGGUCUACUUUUACAUGCCCUCUUCAAUCCCAAUCAACCAUUGCCCGCUACUGUCCACCCUCCACACCCACCCCCGCAACCAUCAUCGAGGGGCUCGAUCCCCGCUUCCUUGUUCCCUCAUUUCAAGAAGCUUCUAAACCCCAACCCCAAAGCUCGCAUGACACCAAAACACUUCUUGGAUAUCGGUAUGGCGGAAACGGGCUUCUUUGCUACCAAUCGACUGGUCAAGGUAUGCCUUGGCCUCGAUAAUUUUGCCCUCAGCAGUGAAGCUGAGAAAUCCACAUUACUGAGAACACUGAAAGAAUCUGCUUCAUCAUUCCCUACCGAAUUCGCAUCAUUUCGUGUCCUUCCAUCUCUCGUGUCCGCGCUCGAAUACGGCGGCGCAUCAGCCGCAACCAUUCUCCCUCUAGUCCUCAAAUUCGGUGAAAACGUCGCGUCGGAAGAAUAUCCUAAGGUCAUCCUAACGCCGUUGGUUAAACUGUUCGCUAGCCCAGAUAGAGGAACCCGGAUGGCCCUACUUGAUCACCUACCUGAGUAUGCAGAGAGGCUGGACAAGAAAAUGGUCAAUGAUCAGAUUUGGCCAAAUCUUCAAACGGGAUUUUCAGACACUGUCGCCGUCAUACGAGAAGCUACAGUCAAGUCGAUCAGCCUACUUGCUCCCAAGUUUAGCGAUCGUAUCCUCAAUAAUGAUCUUCUAAGAUUUCUGGCGAGGAUGCAAACGGAUGUGGAAGCCUCAAUACGAACGAAUACCUGCAUUCUCAUCGGCAGACUUGGGCCAUCCCUGGGGUAUAACACGAAACGUAAAGUUCUGGUUCCAGCAUUCUCCCGAGCAUUGAAGGAUACCUUCGUUCAUGCUCGCGUUGCUGGGCUGAUGGCACUGAUGGCCACCAUCGACUGCUAUGAACCCGAUGACCUCGCUAGCAAAGUCAUACCAAGCAUGUCGUUCACCAUGCUAGAUAAAGAGAAGUUGGUGCGCGACCAGGCAUUCAAAGCGAUGGAGUUGUUCGUCAAGAAACUAGAGACGCAUGCUUCGACUUUACCUGAAACCGUCGCACCCCAAGAAACGUUGGAAAUGCCAGGUGGCUUGGGAUCUGUAGCAAUCCCCACGCAGGCCACCAUCGUCAACUCGGCUGCUGGUGCUGCCGGCGCCCUAGCAGGAUGGGCCAUCACAUCGCUAGGCAAGAAGCUCGCUGCUUCCGAUCUCCAAAGCACCAUCGCCGAGGCGAACGGGCCCGCUACUGCUAUCGAUCGGUCGUCUUCUGCCCCUUUCACGGCUGGACCUUCUGCAGGAUCUAAUGGCCCUCAACCAAACGGACAAACCUUGACACCUCCCGGACCCGAACGAUCGUCUAGUGCACCGAAUCAAUCCAAAGGGCUUAAACUGGGUAGCGCGAAAGCACACGCCGACGAUUCAUUUAUUGCCGAACUCGAGAAGGAUAGCAGUCAUGACUCCAAUCCUUGGGCAGCUGAAGACCUUAUGGAUGUCAAUGCCGACCAAGAUGACUGGAGUGCCUUCGAAAGCGCCCCUGCUCCAGUGAUAAAUUUGGAGAUCACCAACGAUCUGGGUUUCGACGUUCAGGAUCCCUGGGAACACCAAGACCCAGUGCCACCAAAGCCGCGCUCGUUCUCCUCAAGCACUCCACCAUCAGUGAAACCUUUGUCAGUCGCUCGUACAGUGUCAUCCUUAAGUGAUCCUGCCGGACGUGAUGAAUGGGGUGCUUUUGCCAUCAAACCCAACGUGGUUGCGGAAGCGAAGACUACAAUUAGUGUUCCGAACACACCUUUAGCAGCGACGAUGUCUAAAGAGGAUCGUGCCGCGGAAAUGGCCAGGCGGAAAGAGGAGAGGAGGCAGCGCAUUGCAAUGCUGAAAGAGAAGAAGCAGAGCAAAACCUAA